CGUUCUUCAUCUUUCCUUUCUUCUUCAUCAACGGUCAGCGACUUAACACUUUCUCGCUGCAUUACUACUCCCGGAUUAUAAUCGACAUGGAAUGUUCUCCAACUUCCAGUUCUGAUCCCAUGCCACUAGCCCGGUCUGCGUAUUCUGAUGAAGAGCUUAUCCUUGCCGCCAGCCGCCCCAAGAAGCGAGCGGGGAGGAAGAAGUUCAAGGAGACUCGCCACCCUGUGUACCGCGGCGUGCGUCGGAGGAACUCCAAUAAGUGGGUCUGCGAGCUGCGGGAGCCCAGCAAGCAGAAGCGGAUUUGGCUGGGGAGUUACCCCACCCCGGAGAUGGCUGCGCGGGCCCACGACGUGGCGGCAUUGGCACUCAGGGGGCAGAUGGCGUGCUUGAAUUUCGCGGACUCCGUUUGGCGGCUGCCGAUUCCAGCGUCGAAGGAGGCUAAGGAUCUCAGGAAGGCGGCAGCGGAGGCGGCGGAGGCGUUUCGGCCGAGGGCCACAGAGGAGGUUUGCCAAGAGCAGAGGAAGGAAGAAACGUCGACGGAUAAUGAUGGAGAAAAGAAGGCGUCUCCGGAUUUAUGUAAUGGUAUUCUGUACGAUGAAUUGAGCAUAGCGCGGCUGGCGGAAGGGGUUUUGCUGUCUCCGCCGCCAUGCUUGGGGUGGAGAUUUAGCUGGGAUGAGGUGGGAAGCGAUGCUGAGGUGGAACUGUGGAGUUACUGAAAUCGAUUGUGUUGAGGCGCCGCAGAAUAAGGCGUCUAGUGUUGUGAAGUGAGAGAGC